UGUUUCAGGUAGCUAGUUCGGUUUGUCUAUUUCUCUAUGUUUUAUUGUUUUUUGUUUCAGUUUUAAUGUUUUCUACAUAAUAUAUAGAAAACUUAUUGUCAACGACUCUGUCGUUAAUCAAUUUUUUUGUGAAGACGUGGAAAAUUUAUACAGUUUUUAAAAGUGCGAUAAUCACAGUUUUAUUGGGCGUACGUUUUUAAUUAGUUGCGUGGUGAGUGAUUAUAGCUGAGAAAUAAGGAACAAUACGGUACGGUAAGAGUAACGUUCUAUUAAUUUUAGUAGGCCUAGAACUGUUGAUUCAUCUCAACUUCAUAUCAUAUUUAGCUGUUGAACCGAAUCAGACCAGUUAGGUGAAGGAGUCUGUUACAACGAGAACAGUAAAUAUCAGGCAAUAUGAAUCAACGAAAAGCUUCAUAUAAUGUCCGAGGAUAUUCUGGACAAACGUUGUCGCAAACUGAAUUUCAUGGAGAUGAAACUGAAUCAUCGACUGACGACGAUGUUGACUUUUGUCCGCCUGGGAAGCGCCCAAAGGCCGCGCCACGUAAGUCCAAGUCUAAGCACCAAAAGCCGCAGGUGCGUAAAACUACUACCAGGGGAAGACGGCUGCAUAGCAAUAUUCAAAAAAGGCAGCGUAAUGAAUCGAAUGUACCAUCUCAAUCUACGUCUAGUAGGCCAAAUGAACCCAGUAUGGUCGUGCAGACCAUAGAAAGUAUCUCAGAAAAUAGUUGUGGAGAUGAUAGCAGUCAGCAGGCCAAAUUUACUAGCAAUCCUCCCAUCCAACAACACAAACCGAUUGAAACUGAGCAAGGAAUCAAUGCCGAUUAUGCCGGCAAAUGUUUGAAAUUCCUACAACAAAGUCCCCUGGAAGAAAGCUUUCCGCCACCAGCAUUUCCCGGCGCGCAUUUAUUGUCUGACAUCGACGAGGUUAUCGCUGAAGAUUUAGAAAACUUGCGAAACAAUGGUUCACAGAGUAAGUUUUGGUCAGAAAGUUGUGUCAUAGAAGACAAACCUAAAAGAAGCGAUGGCGUUUUGAGUGUGUGGCAAAAUGAGAUCGGUCAGAAUGUGGAUGCUCAAAAAAAUGUUCCCCUAGAUUCUCCUGGAAUGGGAAAAAAGUUUUUACCGAAAUACCAUGAUAACAUAUACUCGUCAAAAACUUCGAGUGAUUCGGUCGGGCAGGAUCACGCACAGAGACUCUACCCUCUCUCUACAACUACCUCUUGGGAAAAUGAGUCCUCAAAUCAAGAUAAACCAGCUAUCACUGAUGUUUCAAAUGUUCAUCCCCAAAAUCAAGAUAUGUCCAUUGAUAUAGAAAAUUUUAAUGACUUGGUUGCGGUUUCUGUUGUUCAAAGCUCUGAAAUUACUGCUUUGAAAGCGAGACUCAGUCAUCUGGAAAAUAGCAUCCAGACCGUUCAAAAAAGAAUGGAUGAAUUUGAAUCUGCCAUGAAAAGUUAUCAAAAUCUGACGACGACGAUGUCCUCGUUGAAGACCGAGGUUUUGGAGCAGCCAGUGGUAGACAGCGAACAAUCACUUGUAGGAAGGCAACCAGGAAUACCGGAGCAAGCCAUCAUUCUGGCAACCAAUCCGCCACAAAACACAGCCUGGUCAUUCGUGCAAGAGGAAACUUCUUCUUACUAUGAUCUGGAAGGCUCUGCAUUGGUCGCCACCGCUGGAUCCAAUUAUGUGCUUCAAAAUAACAAUCAUGGUGCACCUGCAAUGUUUGAACAGCAAUCGCUUGGUUAUCCGAUUGUUCCGAAUAUGAAUGAUUCUGCCAGUAUUUCGUUCCCUGGUCAACAACAGGCCGGCUCUACUAUCACUUCGUCGUUUCAGCAGCCACAGCUCACGUACAAGGAUUCCACAUCGGCCCUCCCCUCUGGCAACAUGAAAAUCGAAGUUGUGGAAGCCGAGCCAGAAGGAAUGGAAUUGAGCGCUGCGUCAUCCCAGUCUGACUCAAUAACUGAAUUAAAAAAUCGAUUCGAUACUGUCAUGUCAGAUUUCCAGAAACUACAAGACAAAAUGAAUUACAUUUCGAAUUCAAACGACAAUCCUCAAGGUCAAAGCAGGAAAACAAGUCCAGACCCAUCAACCAAGAUACGAAUGUAUGAAACACGAGGUCCGUUGGUAAUCGAUGAAGAUUAUCAGGAACCUGGGCCAUCAGGAAUCAAUUCGUUUGGUCACAUACCAAAUACAAUGUCUGGGCCUGAACCAGUGGUAACUUAUGUUGGAGAAAAAAUCUGGGGUGACUUGACAUAUUUUGAGGAUAGCAAGAUCGUUGGGCGUAGCUUCCCCUGCAGAGGCGUACAUGUUCGUAUCGACUGUUUCAAAAAUCGAGAAUUCAAUAAGAGAAAUAACGGGUAUCAUUUAGGCCCGUUCCGAAACCCUGAACGGUCCCGAGAGACGACAGGAAUUCGCAACAUGAUCGACUGUGGAAUCAUGCUCUAUUUCAUUAAGGGAGAACUCUCCAUUGUGAACCAUGCCAAGUGCACCGUAUAUGUGCUCUCUAACUACAACUUCAUGGCUGGUAGAUAUGGGAUCACCAGAGAUAAGCAGAAAUACUCCAUUCAACCUGAUCAAACCCUGAAGGUGCUUCGAGUCCCAUUCAACAAGCAGACUAAUUCAGUGCUUGAUCUGAAGGAUCGCCUGACAGUUGAUGAUGAGAGCUUCUAUAAAGUAUACAUUUCGUUUGGAAAAAAUUGGACUGAGAGGACACAAAAUCAGCUACCGUGUUGGUUGUGCCUCCAAAUCAGAACUUCUAGUGAGAAUUGAAAAAUCGGAUCUAAAGCUCCAAUCUUCA